GUACGUCAGUCAGACAGCAAUGGCGGCCUUCGCUGUAGCACGGAGUAGCUGUGGUCUGCUUUCCGGACUAAAAGCUUCUUUUAAAACAUUCGGACAGGUAAAACAUGGCGUGGCUUCGGCAGCGGUUGCACAGUCCCACACGCAACAACAGUCGCGGCGGUGGUAUUCCGUUAGUCAUCUCUCCGUUCAGGAGAGGAUAGACAGAAAGAGAAAUGCUGCGCUGAUCGGAGGAGGUCAGAAGAGAAUUGACGCGCAACACAAAAGGGGGAAGCUGACAGCCAGAGAGAGAGUUGAGCUGCUGUUGGAUAAAGACUCGUUUGUAGAAUGUGACAUGUUUGUGGAACAUCGCUGCUCUGACUUCGGCAUGGAAGAGGACCACAACAAGUUCGCAGGGGACAGUGUGGUGACUGGACAGGGGAGGAUCAACGGAAGGCUGGUGUAUGUCUUCAGUCAGGACUUCACAGUAUUUGGAGGCAGUCUGUCUGGGGCUCACGCACAGAAGAUCUGUAAGAUCAUGGACCAGGCCAUGAUGGUGGGUGCUCCAGUCAUUGGUCUAAACGACUCUGGCGGAGCCAGGAUCCAGGAGGGGGUGGAGUCACUGGCUGGAUACGCCGACAUCUUCCUGAGGAAUGUGAUGGCUUCGGGUGUGGUUCCUCAGAUCUCUCUGAUCAUGGGUCCCUGUGCUGGAGGAGCUGUCUACUCUCCUGCCCUGACCGACUUCACAUUUAUGGUCAAGGACACCUCAUACCUGUUCAUCACAGGUCCUGACGUAGUGAAGUCUGUCACCAAUGAAGACGUCACUCAGGAGGAACUGGGAGGAGCUAAAACACACACCGCCGUGUCAGGCGUCGCUCACCGUGCGUUUGAGAACGACAUCGAUGCUCUGCUCAACCUCCGAAACUUCUUCAACUUCCUUCCUCUUAGCAACCAGGACCCCGCCCCCGUUACUGAGUGCCACGACCCCAGUGAUAGACUGGUUCCUGGUCUGGACACCAUUGUUCCCUUUGAGACCACUAAAGCCUACGACAUGCUGGACAUCAUCCAGGGGAUUGCGGACGAGAGGGAGUUCUUUGAGAUCAUGCCUAACUACGCUAAAAACAUCGUAGUGGGAUUCGCUCGCAUGAACGGACGAACUGUUGGAAUUGUAGGGAAUCAACCUAAAGUAGCGUCUGGUUGCUUGGACAUUAACUCAUCAGUGAAGGGAGCUCGCUUCGUUCGUUUCUGCGACGCUUUCAACAUCCCCAUCCUCACCUUCGUGGAUGUGCCCGGCUUCCUGCCAGGUACGUCUCAGGAGUAUGGAGGUAUCAUCCGACACGGAGCCAAGCUACUGUUUGCCUUUGCUGAGGCCACCGUCCCCAAGAUCACCAUCAUCACUAGGAAAGCCUACGGAGGAGCGUAUGACGUCAUGAGUUCCAAGCACCUGAGAGGAGAUGUGAACUACGCCUGGCCGUCUGCAGAGGUGGCCGUGAUGGGAGCCAAGGGUGCUGUGCAGAUCAUCUUCAGAGGGAAAUCCAACCAGGCAGAGCAGGAGGCUGAAUACGUAGAGAAGUUUGCCAACCCUUUCCCUGCCGCUGUCAGAGGGUUUGUGGAUGACAUCAUCGUGCCGUCGACCACCCGGAAGAGGAUCUGUAGGGAUCUGGAGGUUCUGGCCUCCAAGAAACAGACCAACCCCUGGAAGAAACACGCCAACAUCCCACUCUAACAGACACCUUCAACCACCCGACCUGUCUCUCACUUCACCUAUAGCUUAGACCAGGGCUCUUCAGUCCUGUUCCUGGAGAGAGACCAUCCUGUUGGUUAACUCCAGUCCUGUUCCUGGAGAGAGACCAUCCUGUUGGUUAACUCCAGUCCUGUUCCUGGAGAGAGACCAUCCUGUUGGUUAACUCCAGUCCUGUUCCUGGAGAGAGACCAUCCUGUUGGUUAACUCCAGUCCUGUUCCUGGAGAGAGACCAUCCUGUUGGUUAACUCCAGUCCUGUUCCUGGAGAGAGACCAUCCUGUUGGUUAACUCCAGUCCUGUUCCUGGAGAGAGACCAUCCUGUUGGUUAACUCCAGUCCUGUUCCUGGAGAGAUACUGUCCUGUAGGUUUUCGCUCAAACAACAAUCAGGUUAGUUACAACUGGGGAUGGAUCAAAAACCUCCAGGAGGGUAGCUCUCCAGGAACAGGGUUGGAGAGACCUGGCUUAGAUCAAUUUGUCUCUAACCCUGUGGGACUUGUUUGGAAGAAUCAGCUGUUUUUCUAUCUGGUUAAAUUAACACACCUGCCGUGAGUCCAUAGACUAGUUUGUUAAAUAAAAAUGUCUUUGUCCGCGUGAGACAGAAUGUUAUAUUGUUAUAUUAUCUCAAUGGCAGUUUGAACAUGUGUGUGAUAAUCAGCCAAGCACCCUCACUCAUCCUCGUCACCAAUGCUGGAAGAAGUACCCACUUUGUCAUAAUUGACUAAAAUUAAAGAUGCCUCAAGUGAAAUUCA